AUGCAAGAACUAGAAAUUCCUGAAUCACCCGUUCGGGAAGAUGAGAGGCUCACUUGGCAGAUUGUCGAGCGACUCUCAACGACUGCGUCCACAGAACGACGAAUCAAUAUACAGAGUAAGAUCAGGGAGAUUUCAGGCAGGAAAACGCGACGGCAUGGAUUUUGCCAGAGACACGUCUACACGGCUGACCUUGCUGAGUAUCUGAAUCUCGCGUCGCGCGCAGAGCUGGACUGCACCGCUCGCAAGGGUGUUUCUGACGAGAGAAUACUGUACAUGCUCAAUAGAAAAUAUGUGAAGCUACGACAUUUUUACGAACGACAUCAGGUUGCCAAGCAUAGAUUCAAGAAGAAGGAUUUCAGCAUGUAUUUGGAGGAUUUCAAAAAAUACCAAGCUACCAGAGGAAGAGGAGGGAAAGCUUUCUACGAGACAUUGGAAGAUCGGCUACGUUCUGGAUCGCAAAGACACGAUCUCGAACGUCUUGAAAAAAUGCAGCUCGAACAGGUCAGCUCAGACGAGAGCGACGAAUCAGAGCAGGAAGAAGGCGGAGCUCCAGGAAAUUCCAUCAGUUUAUUAUCCGACAACGAGUCGGAAGUGGAACCCGAGCCAAUCGCAGAACCUAUUCAAGAAACGUUUACGGAUGCCCAGCUUAGCCAGAUUGAUCUCAACAUCCAGUCGUCGCCUAUAAUCACAAUUGAAGACACACCGCCUCCUACACCCGAACCAGUUGCAUUGAUUGUCUCUGAUCACACACCAACUCCAUCACCUGUAAAGAAGCCAAAGACUCCAGCUACCGGUACACAGGAAAUGCUUCAGGAGCUCCAAGAGGAAGAUCCAAACAGUCGCCGUACCAGAAGACACAAGUUCUCGCAAGACCAUGUUUAUGUUACAGAUACCGCAGUGUAUCUAGGACUCUCUUCCAUAUAUCAUCUGAAUGAUCUAUAUGACCAGGGUAAGUCUUUCAACCAGAUCCUCGACUUUUUGGACUCCGUUUAUUUGCAGAAGAGGCAGGAACGUGAGAGGAAGGAUAUUGGGUAUGGACCCCUGUACAAGCCUACUUUCAGACAGUAUCUUGAGUCAGAGACGCAUAAACUUGCCCAACAGGACAGUGCUCCGAAAGAAUCAGUUCACGAAAAAAGUUCUGAAGAUGAGUAUGUUGAAGAGGAGUCUCAAGUUCCAUUCGUGAAGCAGACAUUCGAUAUGGUGUCCCCAGAACGCGAUGAGAUGUCUCAGACGAAAGAAAGUCAGGACAGAGAUACCAGUCAAGAAGACGAAUUUGUCUUUCGCAACAGGGUGUUGAAAAAGAGGAACGCUUUAAAAGGGGUCCUACCUUACUCAUUCUACAAAAUCAAUAAGACAGCUCCUGCUCCUGUUAAGAGACAUGAACCGAGUAUUCAGCGCCCUGGCCUCGCGCGAAAGAAGAAAAUCCACAAGUACCAAAAGGAUGAUGAAAUGACAAACUUCAUUUCAGACCAAAGAAUCCAAGAAGACGAUAUCAGGCCCUUUAAUUAUCUUCCUCGCGUCGAGUCACUUGACGAAGAACCAAGCAUCACCGACCACGGUGAACUCGAAAUCAAUGUUCUUUCUUCAGCUUCCUCGGACUCGGACGUUCAAGAGCUCUUCGAAAGAGAUGUUAGGACAGGAUAUGCCCAGGAAGAUAAAACAUCAGGAAUUGACUACAUGUUGUCAAGAGCUCCCCGCGCCUCCUCCCAAAAGCCAAGCACCAAACCUCGCAGACCUCGAAUUGGAGCUAGAUCGAGGACAGGUAUCCAAAGCCCAUCCGCUAGAUAUGCCCAGAAAACACCACGUCCAAGAUCACGCCAGUUACCAAUGUACCAGAAGGAAAGUAUUUGGAGACAAGCUAGAUUUUACAGCCCUGAUGAUGAACCGAAGCAGAACUUUGAGGUUUACCAAGAAGAUACACCUCAGACAGACUCCAAAUAUGUUUCCACGUCUGCAACGAAACGGAGAAGGAAAGCUUUGACACUGGCUCCAGGAGGAAGUGUUGGAAACAACGAUCUCUUUUACUUCCAAAGACAGAGAAUUGUUGGUACAGCUCAGCUGGAGGAUGUUGAAAAGAUAAAUCAAGUGGCCGAGAAACAGCCAUUCGCUAAUAAAACCAACACUUAUCACAAUGUUGUUGAGAGACUAGCGAAAACAGCUACCCAGGAAGCAUUUGACAUGAAAGACUUGAGUCUGCAGAAAUUCAAAAGUGUCAGUACAAACGAGACAUCACUUCUUGGUUCGAGAUUGUUUGAAGAGUCUCUCAACGAUGAUGGUGAAUACUACAAGGAUGAUUCUAUUGAGUUCAGUUUUGUCAAUAUUCAGUUUUCAGUUGAUGAGUAUAAUAUUGAAAAGUGCUCGAGAAUGACCGACCGUUUGGUGAAAAGCGUGCUCACAUUUCUUGCAAAAGAUGAUGGGUUGGACGCUGACGAGCAUUCUCAAGUGCGUCGCGUUUUUGUGAGACUGUUACAGUUGACUUGGAACGUCAAGUACUGGAGCUUCAACGAAUUUACAAGAUUAUCCAGGGUUUUACUGUCAUCUGCAACUGCUUUCCUAGAUUCACAAGCAAGCUACAAGACGAAGAUCAUUUAUGCACCGUAUUAUCUUACGCUGAUGCAUUUGUGUAACAGGUUUACGAGACAGACAAGGAACGAGUUCCAUGGGUUUGAGGUGAUGCAAGGAAGGCUUGAACGUCUAAUCAGUCAAAUAGCAUGUUCGCUUCCUUCGUCCCAGUUUUAUGCAAUGCUCAAAAGCAAGACUUCAACAAUGUCCGAGUCUAUGGGGAUGUUCUUGAAAUUAUGUCCAAGUCCAUGGAGCCAUGUUGCAUCACUUGCCAGAGAAUAUAGGUUCUCUUUCCAAAAUGUUGUUAAUUACCUUUACUAUUUGCAUUCGCAGCGACCUGUCUUGGUUGACUGGGAGUACUUCAUUCACGAGAUUGAGGACAUGCAGUCCAUUUUGAAUUUGGGCAAGUACAGAACUGUACUUUCAACUAUCAUGAAAAUAAUUAAGGAGCUGGAUUGGAACUUUGAGGAACUCCUCUUAGUCAAGAUAUAUCGACUAAUGAGUUACCACAGAUUUGAAAACCUAGGGAGCUCGUCGCGUGUUCCAUCCAGUGUCUCAAUAAGACUCACCAUUGGUGAAUCUGACGGUUGCCUUGAAAUGUACAUCAAGUUUUUAAUACUUCACGUGAAUGAGUACAUGGAACCAGAGAAGAAAAUGAGUCUUAUUGAAAAAGUUACACCCGUCAGCGACAUUCGAACAUGUACACCGAAACUUCUGGGAAAUAGAAUCAGUUUGUUUAUGGUGAUGACAAGACUGUUCAAACACGACUUUGUCAAGCCGGUUUCCAAUUUAUUCUCAGUGCUAUUAUCAUUCGAUAGCACACCGGCUUACGAACUACUUCUUGACUUGAUUAGUUCGUACACACAGUGCGAGCUGGAAACUUUAAACAAGCUUCCUGCCUCGAUUCUCCGCAUUUGUCUGACCAAAACUGUUGAAAGCAUCAACAACCUCAAACUGGUUUCUGAUCUUGCAAUAGACAGGUUCAGAUACUUGGUCAGACAACUGCAUGACGCCGCAAUAGAAAACACAAUAGACCGGCGAUUCGGACACUAUAUUGUUCUAUUCACCUCAUUGCUACAACUGCGCAAUUCCAAGAUUUCAAACGUUGUCUACAGAACCAUCGAUGUUAUCCGGAAACUCAUUUGGAUGAGACCUGCCACGAUGAACGCGCUUGAUCCGCGAAUCAGAUCAGACAUGACCACAGCACUUAGGUCGAUCAUUCUUGCUCCUGACAUGGACAAUGCUCCACUGAAGCGGACCAGUAUUCUUUCAUGGGUCCAUGUUAGCUCUGUUUCUGGGGUUGUCCUUGAAGCCCUUGUUCAUCUGGAAUGGCCAUACUUUGGGACCCCUGAAUUACGUGCAGAGUACGAGCUUGUUUUCUACACUGGGGUGAUGACUUUUUACAGUCAACAUGUGUCACGGAACUUGUUUUCAGACAUGUUCAAGGUGUUUUUGAGAAACCUCGCAAAGAAAUGCACCAAGGACCUUUUCGACUUUUGCAAACUACUUUCCCAGCAAGAGGAGAACGAAGGAUACAUGGAGUUCAGAACCGGAAAGAACAUUUCAGACAUGACGAUGGUCGAGUUCUAUAGUCACACCAUCCGGGUCACUAUUAGAAUAUUGGCACGGCUUGUUGUUGGAGCCAAGAAAGGGAAAUCUCAAGACGACUCUUACCUCAAACUUUUCGUGCGCAGCCUUAGCGGAGAGUUUCAAAAGUCUAAGAUUACUGGCAAGUUUGAGAGACCGCGCGAAGACUAUAUUAUUUUGAUUCGGUAUCUCAACACCGUGGCCAGUAACAUUCUGUACUCUUUGCCCGAGUUUGUGAACCUGAGACACGAGUUGGCCAUUGAAGACGUCCAGGCUCCAUUGAACGAACGGUUUGACUCGAUCGACAGUAUGGUGGACCUGAUGGUCUUGUUGGAGACCGAGUACGUCACAUCUCUGGCUAACCAUAAGUUUAGCACGUUCUUGGACGACAUGGUUGCUGAUUUGGACGAGAUCCCGGUGUUUGAGGCCAAUCCGUUGCGCAAAUCGGUAUUCUAUCCGCUCUUGACGUUGGCAGCAUUGCACGCUGCAUCGCUGUCUGCUGAAAAAUCGCACUGGAUACACCUUCAGAACUGGCUCACAAUUUGGACUCUGGCAGCCAAAAGACGCAAGGUUUUCGAUCAAUCGGAUAUCUGGUGCUGUGUGAGACUUAUCACUAUGUUUUCCGAGCUAGGCUGCUACAAACAAGGCCAUGAGUCAGUCGCCAAACAGUGCACGAAACUAAUGUACCAGCUGAUUGAAACGUUAUCCUUCGCUUUGGCUGGCUAUGAAGACAUGGUGGAUCUGUGCCGACUUUUGGACGUUCUCACCUCCGUUGAAGAGCUCAGCAGGCCUUCACGGUUCUCGUUUGGUGUCACAGAGACCAUAUCCAAGGAGUUCCACAAUUUAUUUGAAGAGUACGAGCCGAUAUUGCGGCCUCGUAUUGAAGGCUACUUCGAUGACGAACAGAUCGACCUGAAGGAAUACAGAGACAACGCAAGACGGCUUUGUGGAUGCCUUGACUCGAGUGCUAAUGAUGUGCCGUUGACCAGUGGAGAUUUCCACGAGCUGCAAUUCCUCCGGUGA